AUGGGAACUAGGAUCCAUGGCCCGAUCCGGAGAUCCAGACCGCUGCAUCGUAAAGUUUUCCUCGCUUUUUUUUUUCAACCAAGUGCAGAUGGUGCGAGCAAAGCCUACAAGCACAGGGUUUCGACAUGGCCUUUCCAGCAUGCAGAAGUUUGGUCUCGGUUCAGUACUCCACACUCGCUUCGCAAACCCUUUGAUCGUUGCAGGUCGGCGAUUCUACAUAGCUAUAGGAAGACAAAUCAGGUGACAUGCGAGCCCAAUGGACGUAUAGCGACGGGCCUACGGAAGCUGAAUAUUGCACCGGAAAAUCGGCACAUCCCAUACGAAGCUUCGCUCAACUCCAACACUAGCUGA